AUGUCAUUUUUUAAAAAACUAGACAUAUUCGGUACACCAUUUGUAUUUGAAAUGGGAACUGGAAAUGAAAAAAUGAAAACAACUUUAGGAGGCCUUCUCUCUUUUGCUGUAAUAAUAAUAGCUAUGGUUUACUUUGGUUAUCUUAACUAUAUGUAUGGAAGUGGAAAUUUAUAGCCAAAGAUAUCAUCUUAGUAAAAAAGAAUUACUAAAGAUUUAAUUUUUCCUAUAGCAAAAAAUUUAAUAUGGUUUGACAUAUAAAAUAGCGAUGAUGAAUCAUAUUUAAUUUACUAGCAAUAGCAGCAAAAUUUUUAGCUUAUUUCCUAUACUGUAAGUCUUUAAUAAACUGAUAGUAAUGGAUAAUUAAUAUAACCUAAUAUACAUAUCCCUACUAAUUUCUGCUCUACAUUGACUGAUGAUCCUGAAGUAGAUGGAGAGGCUCAGUGUUUAGAUUUCUCAGGUCUUCCUUCAGAAGAAGUAGAGUUUAAGGUCUACGCAGGAAAGGGAUAUGACACAAAAAUAUUCAUUGAGCUAAAUGCUAUUUGUACUGGAGAUGUCAUAACAUGCUUGAGUUCUAGUGAUUUUUAGCAAUAUGUUUUUGGUGAUACUCAAACUUUUUAAUUGAAUAUUAAAGGGAAAUAAUUCAACUCAGAUAAUGAUAAUUUAGAGACAAAAGUGGAAACUCUAUCAUGGGAUUUAGAUCAAACUCUAUUAACUACAUCUAGAAUAACUCUACAAACAUCUUAAACUUCUAUACAGAGUGGCUUUAUUGUACAGCAACCCUAAAAGUAUCUUCAUCUAUCAGAUGCAAAUAGUAAUGAUUCGUAUAAAACAAGAGCUAACAGCUCCAAUUAAAAUUUAAUUGCAAAAUUUGUAAUUUCUGUUGAUUCAAUUUAAUAUGUACAAUCAGUGUAGAAUGUGUAAUAUCCUGAGAUUUUAGCACAAUUUGGAAGUAUUCUUAAUGUAUUACUACUCUUAAGUAUAUUAGGAGCAAUCAUUGCAAAAGCAGAUAUAUAACAGUACUUUAUUGAUUUGAAGCUAAAAGAGUAUUACAAAUUAACUGCAUUAAAAAUUUUAAAGCAGUAAUCAGAAAAUGAAAAUUAAAAAGGAAGUUAGUUAAAAGAAACAUCUGCUAGUCAAUCUAAACUCACUAAAGAUGAUAUUUUACGAUCAAUAAAAGAGCUGGAAGAAAAUGAUUUUAAUAAAGAGCUGAAGAAAAAGUUUAAUGUUUCUUUUUUUGAGAGAGUGGUUCGAUCAUUGUUGGGAGAAUAAAAAGAAGAUUACAUGAAGAAAAAAAGAGGCAACAAAGAUUUAUAUGAAGCCUUAUUUUUCUAAGCUUCUUAAUCCCAAGAUGUGUUUGAAUUAUAGACAGAAUUGCUGAGAAUUAAAAAGAUUUUAGCAAUUGCCUUAACUCCUUAGUAAUACGCAGCUAUUAAAUGCUGUGGAUCUUCAUUGAGUGAUCAAAUUCCAUUUUUACUUGAAAGAAGCAAUUAGAAUGAUAUAAAAAAAACUCAAAUUAAACCUGAAAAAGAACAGCUUGAAAAUUUAGAAAUAGAGUCUUAGACUGAACUACUAAUGUAAAAACAAUAUACACAUAUUGAAUUAAUUGAUAAAAUAGACUAUGAUGAUUAAUAUUUCUAGUUGUAGUUAGAAAAAUUCUUAUAAGAUGCUGAAAAGGGGUUUUAUAACUAAGAUGAGCAUGAAAAGAAAAUGAACUAACGUUUAAUUGAUUGCUUAAAAAAAACAUAUGGCUUUAAUAAUUGA